GCGAGAAUUAUGGCGGAGUACAAGCGAAUGUGAACAAGUAAAGUGUGGGAAAGAUUCACCAAACUGAAAACGACAAAAUGCGGUUGUGUAAUGCAAGCAAGGCGGAACUUGCCUUUCACAUCAACACAACCUGCAUGCUGCAGUAUUUAAAAUGAAACAUCCCGGAGAAUGAGCAGAAGAGAGGCGAGUGUUCUCCAUCUAGACCUAACUAACUAACUUAGCGGUAAAUCUUUUUAUGAGAGAAUGCAAUAAUAACAAUAAUGAUAAUAACAACAAUAAUCAUAUAAUUACAGUUAUGUUAUUAUUUGUUUUGCAAAGUAAAAAGCUUUGAUCGAGUUUAAAAGUCAAGCCUGUUUUGAUUAUUAGAACACUAUUAGGUAUUACAUGAGCGGAAAAUCCUUAUAAGAGAGGUAAGUUAAGUGAUAGGAGUCUUAUAUCUUGACUUUAUUUUAAAAUAUUCUCUUCUGUUUUUUGCUCCUUUUCAUUAACUCUUUCACCGACAUGAUUGAUGAUUUAUCUCGUCAUUUAAAAAAAACGGUUCCCCGCCAAACGAGUUAUAACGGCAAUCAGUGGUUAUACUGUUGUACAGCAGGUGGCGCUGUUACACACCUUUCAGGAAAAUACAGAAUCCUAGAACCUUAGUUUAUUUCUUAUCGGUUUUUAAUGAUUGUUCGGAGUGUAAUCUGUGCGGAAUCUUCGACAAAAAAAAAACUAAUUGACUCAAAAUUAUCUUUUAAUCAAAGUGAUGCAUUUUUGAAGAAACCUACCCACAUCUAAGAGUGAUAAAAAAGAUCAAAUCAAGUUUGAAGAAUAUGGUUUCUUUUGUUUAAAAGCAGAGACUGUGUUCUUUCAUUGGACAUAUUGUUUAUCCAUAUAUUCUUUACAGAAAAUGUAGUGUGAGCCAUCAAAGUUUGGUUAAAAUGUAAAAAAACGCUUAGGCUGGCAACUUUUUUUUUAAGUCUGGCGGGGAAUGAGUUAAACUGAACUGUUGUCAUAGAAAUGCUGCUUAAUGCUUUUGUCAAGAGAUUUGUUUACAUUUAAUUUUUUUUUGCCUUUAAUGUACCUGAUUUAUUUAUUUUUAUUUGUAUUUAAAAGUUUCUAGAGAGAGAGUAUUUGUGUGAUUCGAGUUGGACAGAAUCAGCAAACUUAAAGAGAGUAACCAGUUGGUUCAAGUUCAUUAAAGCAAAUUUCAAAACCUGAAUUGAUUUUAUUCAUUACGUAAAUUAUCUAUAACUCAAUUUUUUAACUAGUUGCAAAAGCUGAAUAAUCAUUAAAAACGUACUGAUUAGUCAUUGAAAUAAUAGCCGAUUAGUCGAUUAAUCAAUCCAAUAAUCGUUAGAUUAGUCGACUAUCAAAAUAAUCGUUUGUUGCAGCCCUACUGUAUGUGUGAAUUAGUAAAUUAAUCUUUCAAAUAAUUUUAGUUGUAUUUCAGUAAAUGAGAUCUAUAAGAAAGUUAUUUAACUGACCUGUAUCUACACCAGCUGUAAGUUCAUUCUUUGGAAAAUACUUCAAAAGUGCCCCUAAGGUGCAAAACACACACACACACACACACACAAACGCACACAUUGUUCAAAUGAUUCUGUCCCCUUCCACGCCAACCCUCACAGAACACAUUAAGCAUAUUUAUUUAAAAAUAAAACUCCAUUUAGUAUGUUUACAGAGCGGAUAGUCCUUGUACAGAACCUUCACAAGAACACAAUGUUUUAUAUACAGUGUCACAAACACUUAUCCUUUUCUUGAUCCUUUCUUUUCUCAUCUUCUUCCUCUUCUCUGCACCAGACUGAUAGUGCCAGCUUUUCAUUUUUAAUCUUUGCAAAGAUAAAAACUAACGCACAUGAUGAUUGACACGGACACAACGUGCAAGUAAAUUACAUUUUCAAGCAGGGCAGGGGCCCCCUAGUGACCACGGAGGCCCCAUGCAACUGCCUAGAUCGUUUAUUAGGUAGCGCCGGCACUGGGUUCACCUAAUAAACUACAGAAGCUGUGAUAUAAAUGUGAAUUGAUUUCAUGGUUGUAUUGGUUUUAAUGGAAACUAUAGUGGUAUCUGUGAGUCUUGUGUUGUAAAAUGAAUAAUGUAUAACACAAAUGUACAUUUGGAGACAUUAACGGGUUUAAAAUGUUCUAAAGCAGAAGAAAACCACAAAGUAGUAGCCUAUAAAACAUUAUUACAUCCAUAACGUGACUUAAAUGCUAGAUUUUAAUAGUGGUCUUUGUUAGUGUAGUAGUGAAAUGUACCGACCCAUUUGCGUAAUGCUGAGAUGUUAGGCUCAUGGUAAUUAUUAGGAUUAUGGUAUUUUUAUAAUAACAGAUCGCCACAAAUCUGGUCAACCAAACCAAAAUGAUCAAAAACGUAAAAUAGUUCCCCAAACGGGAAUUUAUUUAAAAAGUCGGAAUUUUCCGUUACACUUAACAGUAAAUAUAGUUGACAUACGGUUUAAAUAAAUAAUUGAUUAAUGAAAAAUGUUUAAUUAUAAAAUGUAUUUUAUUAUCCAGUUAGAAUGCGGUACUACAUCUGCGCAUGCGUCGGAGGCUGUAUCUGACCAGUGAUGGGAUCCUUGGUCGAUUUUUAUUUAAAAUAAACAUCAUAUGUGUUAAAGAUUCGCAAUUAAACGCUCAUAAAAUAUUAUGUAGUUAAUACACAUCACUAAAUUACAUUUUACUUUAAUAAACAUGAGAAUUGCAGAGUCAAUGCAUUGGAGUACAACCGCUACCACAUUUCCCACAAACCAUUUGGUGUGGCGGAAAUGACGUAUGUUAUGCGGCUCCUGGUUUAAACUGAAACGGGCGCUUUAAACCUGUCUAAAACAUCAGACAAAUAUGACAGAUUAUUUAGUUGUCAGAUUGUUAUGUCGGAUUUACACGCGCCACGCAUGCGCUUCACAGGUUAUGCUGAUCUUUAAAGCGUUAUUUUAAUCGUUUAGAUAGUAAAAGACAGUUGAGCAUUUAGAGUCAGGAGAGGUAACGCCAUCACUGUGAGCUCACACCUGAGUGUGUGUGUGUGUGUGUGUGUGUGUGUGUGUGUGUGUGUGUGUGUGUGUCCGUGUGUUAUUAUCUGUGUGUGUGUGUGUCCGUGUGUUAUUGUGUGUGUGUCCGUGUGUUAUUAUCUGUGUGUGUGUGUGUGUCACAAUGAUGAACUGGCAUCACGAGCUGAGCUCCAUCCUGUCUGAAACUGAUGGAAGUGUCGCAAAGAUGCGGGAACGUCUUUCUGCACACGCAAGAUCUCCCAGAGCAACUGAAGAUGUGUAUCCAGUGAGAGAAGUCCCAGCAGAUCGUGAUUUGAAAGUGUCGUCUUCUGUCAGUCCUGCUGUUCAUUGGUCAGAUCUGAAAGAAGUCCAGAAUCACUUACAUCAGCAGAGUCAGGCUAUUGACACUUUGACACAAAGUGUUCGAUUACUGGAGAGAGAACGAAACGCACAGCAAACACUCAUACAAACCUUACAAGAUGAGCUGAGGAGACUUCAGGUUCGUUUAGAAGAGAGAGAGAGAGGUGGAGCGUACAGGAGCAGACAGAUGUCUGGAGCAGUGGAAGAGAGACGUGGAUCAAGAGUUGAGCAGUUUGAGAGAUCACAUCAACAGAGUCAACAUUACAGAAACCCAGGAGGGAAGUUUCAGCUCUAGACUCCGCAGAGAAGAACUGGAGCACAUCAGAAGAGAGACAGACAGCCUGAAAAACAAACUGAUGCGUUUGGAGGAAGAUGUGUUUCAGCUCCAGUCAGAGGCCAGAGAAACACGCAGACAGAAUGAGCACAGCUCUAAGACGUUGGAGAGACUCGGUGAUUGUCAGCGGACACACAGUUUUGAAGUCACUCGGACAGUUUCACAACACAAACACACACAGCAGCAAGUGUGUGAGCUCAGAGUCAAUGUGUCUAAACUGAAGGAGGAGGUCAGAGGUUUGAUCCUGAGAGAAACACCUGCACUACUGCCACACAAACAAGCGGUGGAGUCGAGUCCCCACGGACGCAUGUCUUCAGGAUCAGAGGACGAGUUCAGUCUCACAGUGAGUCUUGCAGAGAUCAGUUCAGAUGAGUCCUGGCUGGAGGAAGCAGACACACAAACUAAGAGUCGUGGACGUGGAGUUCACAUAAGCUCAGAUCUUUCAGGAAGUGACCUCAGUGGUGCUGGAAGUGAUCUGGAUGAUGGAGCUGAAGGUGUGGAUGGAGGUUCAAGCAGUCCACCGGAUCUCAGUCUCAGUGACCUUUGAGUGACCUCAGUGAAAUGAAUAAAGUGUCAGAGGAACAGAGAACACUCAA